AUGUCUGAACAGCUGAGAAAGCUGGUGGGCUCGAAGAGGGACCAUCCGCCGUGGAAGGAGAUCAGAUUCAGGUGUUCCUUCCACAAUACCAUCUAUGACGUGCUCAAAGCGCGUGGCUUCCGAGAGACAGAGAUGGACGACAACUCCGAAGGAGAUGUGCUCAGCCCAGAUGCAAUGGCCACAGCCACUGCGCCCUUUUUUGCGCUGGAGGCUGGAGAGAUCGAGAAUCGGCUACGCAAGCACACAAUCGAACUCACUGAGCCUGCCAUAGCCCGAACAGCGGCCUUUGAGCGGAAGCUACAUGAAGUUCGUUUGUAUACCGAUCUCAAUGCAGAAAACCUGAAGCAACUGCACCAAAAGCUCUCAGCUCAAGAGAACUUGAAGCUUACUGUAGAGUCCUUCAGAGGACAGCUCUUCGAAUGGGAUAAAGAACGUCGAGACCAUCAAGAGCUAAUGAAUGAAAAGGUGUGCUUGCAAGAGGAUGAGAUCGGCGCCCUAUACGGCAAGAUGGAGUUGCAGACUGUGAGAACAGAGGCUUGUAAUCGAGGACUCAAACACUUGGGAGACCUGUUGACAGAAACGAGAGAAGAACUGGCUGAACUCAGAAGCUAUUGCUCCGAGCGAAUUGAUAUCAAUCGUGAAAAGAUCGUAAGAUUGAGGGAGGAGCUGGAAACCAAGCAUUCCGCCAUAGAGGUCAGCCAGUUCAAGCUCAAUGAUGAUGUCACCAACAUGACCACGGCAUUUCAACAUGUGAGCUCGGAGGUAGAACGGAUUGGGAUCAACACAGAGAAGGCGGUGGCAGACGUUGCUGAACUUUGCCGUGUGAAAGCCAGGAUAGCAGGUGUCGAAGAGCAGCAGGAGACCUACUCAGAGUUUUCCAGAAGCUUGACAGAUGCCGUUGGGUCUUUGAAGAUGCAGCUGGACACCAUGCUUACAGAUGUUCAGGAGCACGUUGAGAAUGCAACCCAGGUGGUAAAAGAACAAGAAGACAGCUUGCAAAUUGGUCUGACAGGUGUCCAACAAUAUUUUGGGGAAAAGAUUGUGCAGAUCGAAGACAUCAUCAAUGCCAAAAAGAAGCCGGACUUGAAGCAAGAGGAGUUUUUCCUCGAGGUGCAGCAGCUUCGCCGUGACUGCAAAGAAAUUCGACAACAAAUGCAAAGACAUGAGCGUGCCCGUGGUUUGGAAAGAGAUGCUAUGCAGGCUAUUGUUGAGAGCCAGCAGAUUGCAGCUCAAAUUGACUACCACGAAGACCAAGACCGACAGGAAAUCUCGCUAUUUGGCUGCAAGCCUGUCGACCGAGGAGACAGAAGCGAACAGCUAUUGCCCAGCAUCUCAAAAGACACUCCAAGGAAAAGAGAGACCGCUUCCUUGAUAUCGCUCGACAAGCGUUGUUUAUCCUGCUGUGGGGGAGCUGGAGCUGUUUUGGCUGGCUUCAAAAUCGCAUGCUUAAACUACACGGCUGGUCCUGUUGAAUACCGGCAGACCAUGUAUUCUCGGGCCGAGCUGCUACACUUGCAAAGCAAGUUGGUAGACCAAGCAUCUGAUCGGAUGGCCAGGGCUGCUAACGUUUAG